CCGCCCUCCCUGGGUUCCCCACCCGAGACCACGCAGCCCCGCCCCAAGCCGCUGCCUCCCAUCCUCCAGGGGGCCAGCCUGGGCCCACCCGCCUGCUGCGGUGGGCGGCAGUCACGACUCCACGCGCGCGAUCUCGGGCGGGCGAGGUGGCCGCGGGUGCUGCGCGGGGCGGGGCGGAGGCCCGGGAGGUGGGCAGGACCCGGCCAGGCAAGGCCCCAGGGUGCACGCCGCUGCCUGGCGGGAUGGACAUCCCAGGGACCUGGCACUGAGGGAGAGCAAAGGCAAGCAAGCCUGAGGUUCCUGCCAGGAGCCCAACACCAUUCCCGCGGCCACGAUGAUCCCUCCGAGUGGCGCCCGCGAGGACAGCGGGGACGGGCUGACCGGGGAGGCAACCGGCACAGAGCAGCCGCCCUCUCCUGCGUCCACAAGCAGCCUGGAAUCCAAGCUCCAGAAACUAAAACGGUCACUUUCUUUCAAGACCAAGAGCUUGCGGAGCAAAAGCGCCGACAACUUCUUCCCGAGAACCAACAGUGAUGUGAAAUUGCAAGCAGACCUGCUGGCCAAGGUCAGCCUGGGCUCUAGCCCAGGCCCCAGCCCAAUGCCCGUCCCUGGAAGCCCUGCACCUGUGCCUACCAGGGCUGGCCUACACCCCGGCAGCAACAACAAGGUCCACGCCUUUCAGGAACAUGUCUUUAAGAAGCCCACCUUCUGUGAUGUCUGCAACCACAUGAUUGUGGGAACACACGCUAAGCAUGGACUGCGCUGCGGGGCCUGUAAGAUGAGCAUCCAUCACAAGUGUGCAGACGGCCUGGCACCCCAGCGGUGCAUGGGCAAGCUGCCAAAGGGAUUUCGGCGUUACUACAGCUCCCCUCUGCUCAUCCAUGAACAGUUUGGAUGCAUUAAAGAAGUUAUGCCCAUUGCUUGUGGCAAUAAGGUGGACCCCGUGUAUGAGGCCCUCCGAUUUGGCACUUCCCUGGCCCAGAGAACGAAGAAGGGCAGCUCAGGCAGUGGCUCUGACUCACCCCCCAGAACCUCGACGUCAGAGCUCGUGGAGGUCCCUGAAGAGGCUGAUGGACCGGGAGAUGGGUCUGAUCUCAGGACACGCAGCAACAGUGUGUUCACAUAUCCAGAGAAUGGCACCGAUGACUUCAGAGACCAAGUAAAGACCAUAAACUACCAGGGACCUCUUUCCAAAGACCCAUUACAGAUGAACACCUACGUUGCCUUGUAUAGAUUUGUACCCCAAGAGAAUGAAGACUUGGAAAUGAGGCCAGGAGACAUGAUUACUCUUCUAGAAGACUCCAACGAAGACUGGUGGAAAGGAAAGAUUCGGGACAGGGUUGGUUUCUUUCCAGCCAACUUUGUUCAGAGAGUAGAACAGCAUGAGAAGAUUUAUAGGUGUGUUAGAACCUUCAUUGGCUGCAAGGACCAGGGACAAAUAACUCUGAAAGAGAACCAGAUCUGUGUGACCUCUGAAGAAGAACAGGACGGCUUCGUCAGAGUCCUCAGCGGGAAGAAGAGGGGCCUUGUCCCGCUGGAUGUGCUGGUCACGGUGUGACUGUGGUGGUCCCUCCCAGUGCAGGAGGCCAGCUCUGCUGAUCUCACUGUGUCCGCCCAGACGAGCAGCUGCACUGACCAGUGCCCAGGAAACAGGGAGACCAGGAGAUGUGAGACUGUGCUAGCAUCUGGAAGCAAGCCUUCUGCACGGCACACCCAGGCUGCCAGAGAGCAGCAUCCCA